GGGCACUUCAGCUCGAGCUACAGAAGAAUUCGUCGCAUUUCUAUUUUACUUUCUCUUUCUCUGGAGAAAAAAAAUCUCGCUUCCAUUGGAGAGAGAGAGAGAGAGAGAGAGAGAGAGAGAGAGAGAGGUCGCGAGCUCAGGAGGAAGAGGCAGGCGGCGGCGGCAGAUCGGGCGGCGCCGUGCAGCUCAGGGGCACCGGUGAGGGCCCGCCCAUGCGUCAGUGAGGUGGUGGGGCCCGCUUGGCGCUGGAGUUGGAAUGGCGGCGGUGGGGAGAUUGUGGGCGGUGGUCGUCGCGGUGGUGCUGGUGGUCGGGCCAGGACGGGUCGUCGCCAACACCGAGGGUGAUGCUUUGUAUAGCCUGCGGCAAAGCUUGACAGAUGCUAACAAUGUAUUGCAGAGUUGGGACCCCACUCUUGUUAAUCCCUGUACAUGGUUCCAUGUUACGUGUAACAACGAUAACAGUGUAAUCAGAGUUGACCUUGGAAAUGCACAAUUAUCUGGUUUACUAGUGCCCCAGCUUGGUCAGCUGAAAAAUCUCCAAUAUUUGGAGCUUUACAGCAACAACAUAAGUGGGACAAUACCCCCUGAACUGGGCAACCUAACUAACCUGGUUAGUUUGGAUCUGUAUAUGAAUAACUUCUCUGGCAAUGUCCCUGACAGCCUGGGGAAUCUAUUGAAGCUGCGCUUUCUCCGUCUUAACAACAACAGCUUGUCUGGUCAAAUUCCUAUAUCCUUGACCAAUAUCAGCACUCUCCAAGUACUGGAUCUCUCAAACAACAACCUCUCAGGAGCAGUCCCAUCGACUGGCUCCUUUUCACUCUUCACCCCUAUAAGUUUUGCCAACAACCCACUUCUUUGUGGUCCUGGUACUACGAAGCCCUGCCCUGGGGCUCCUCCUUUUUCCCCACCUCCUCCAUAUAAUCCUCCAUCACCUCCAACUCAAUCAACUGGCGCUUCUAGUACUGGAGCAAUCGCUGGAGGUGUUGCUGCCGGUGCGGCAUUGGUGUUUGCUGUUCCUGCAAUUGCAUUUGCAAUGUGGCGCCGUCGUAAACCUGAAGAGCAUUUCUUCGAUGUACCUGCUGAGGAGGAUCCAGAAGUUCAUCUUGGUCAGCUUAAGAAGUUCUCAUUGAGGGAGCUUCAAGUUGCAACUGAUAAUUUCAGCAAUAAGAACAUUUUAGGGAGAGGUGGUUUUGGAAAAGUGUACAAGGGAAGGCUCGCUGAUGGCUCAUUGGUAGCAGUGAAAAGACUAAAAGAGGAGCGUACACCUGGUGGUGAGCUCCAGUUUCAAACGGAGGUUGAGAUGAUUAGCAUGGCAGUGCACCGGAACCUUCUCCGACUUCGUGGUUUCUGCAUGACACCUACUGAACGGUUGCUAGUAUAUCCAUACAUGGCUAACGGGAGUGUCGCAUCACGUUUACGAGAGCGCCAGCCAUCUGAACCACCUCUUGAAUGGGAUACAAGAAGACGGAUUGCACUGGGAUCUGCAAGAGGACUCUCUUACUUGCACGACCACUGUGAUCCCAAGAUCAUCCAUCGUGAUGUCAAAGCGGCGAAUAUUCUUUUGGAUGAGGACUUCGAGGCAGUUGUGGGUGAUUUUGGGCUUGCCAAACUUAUGGACUACAAGGAUACCCAUGUAACAACUGCUGUUCGUGGAACAAUUGGACAUAUUGCUCCCGAGUACCUUUCCACUGGGAAAUCCUCUGAGAAGACAGAUGUUUUUGGCUACGGAAUCAUGCUUCUGGAGCUCAUUACUGGACAGAGGGCAUUUGAUCUUGCUCGUCUUGCAAACGAUGAUGAUGUUAUGCUGCUUGACUGGGUGAAAGGAUUGUUGAAGGAGAAAAAGGUUGAGAUGUUGGUGGACCCAGAUCUGCAGAACAACUACCAAGAGACCGAGGUGGAGAACCUGAUCCAGGUGGCACUGCUCUGUACACAGGGCUCCCCGUUGGACCGUCCCAAGAUGUCAGAGGUGGUGAGGAUGCUCGAAGGUGAUGGGUUGGCGGAGAGAUGGGAUGAAUGGCAGAAGGUGGAGGUGGUGAGGCAGGAGGCUGAGUUGGCUCCUCUCCGCAACGACUGGAUUGUCGAUUCCACAUAUAACCUUCGCGCGGUGGAACUGUCCGGCCCAAGGUGACAGCCUGACAAGCAUCAUCACUCUACGGCUCCGACAAAAUCAAAACUUAAUUGGCAGCUUCAGUCUAAUUGUUGCCUGUGUAUAUGAAAGGUAGCUUUGGUCUUGUUAGUGACAGUUUCAAGGGAUGAUAUAUUUUUUUUUUUGAUUCCUCACUAGCCUCAGAAGUUGGAGCUAGGCUGCUGUUGUUUGCUAAGGUGGAAUUCGUAUAUUUGAGGUGAAUUUCUAAAACAAUGUUUUGGUGGUC